AUAGUGGUAACUGAGGCCCAUAUAGGCCGUAAUAGGGCCCAUUUAGGGUCUCUAACCACAUAUUUAUCUGUUUUUAGAAUAAUUUCUAAAUUUUGGGUUUCAGAUUAUUAGCGUCUAUUUUAAUUUUUACUCCACAGUGGGCCAACGCUCUUCUCAUUCAUUUUCAUUCAGAUCUAUAUAUUUUCACUUGGAUAUUCUCUCACCGUUUCCGACGAAUUCAGAUUCUGAUCCCCUAAUUUAGCGGUUUGGUUGCGUUUAUAGCCGCGGCGUGAUCUCUGGCGAUCUCUGCACAGUUGCAUCUCCUCUAUUAUGAAUCCUAGAAGGGAUCGGAAUGCUAGAGCUGCUCUUUUUGAUGGUAUUGAAGAAGGAGGUAUUAGGGCAUCAUCAUCUUACUCCUCUCAUGAGAUCGAUGAGCAAGAGAAUGAUCGAGCCAUGGAAGGGUUACAAGAUCGAGUUAUCAUGCUGAAAAGGUUGUCUGGUGAUAUACACGAGGAGGUUGAUUCGCAUAACCGAAUGCUGGACAGAAUGGGAAAUGAGAUGGAUGCCUCAAGGGGAGUUUUAUCUGGAACCAUGGAUAAAUUUAAGAUGGUGUUCGAGACAAAAUCGAGUAGAAGGAUGUUUACGCUUGUGGCAUCUUUUGUGGCUGUUUUUCUCAUUGUAUACUAUCUUACCAGAUAAGUAGUCGAGUCAUGUAAUUUUGGACAAAGCCUAUGAAAAACUGUUGUGAACAUUACCUUGAUUGACAAUGAAGUGAUACUAAAAAUUUAAGCCUA